AUGAAGUUCGGUCGCAAUCUCCCGCGAAACGUCGUCCCCGAGUGGAGCUCUUCGUAUAUCAACUACAAGGCUCUGAAGCAGCUCAUCAAAUCCGCCGUUGAGAGCCAGAAGACAGAGACCGAUGUCGACCUUGUUGGUUUUUUCUACUCCCUCGAUAGAACGCUCGAGGAUGUAGACCAUUUCUAUAACAAAAAGCUGUCGGACUUUACGCGCCGGCUCAAGAUAUUGGAGGAUCGCUUUGGAAAUACCUUGGCUGCCAGACAGGUCCUCGACGCCGAAGAUAUUGGAGACCUCGUCACUGCUUUGCUUGAGCUUCGUGGACAGCUACGUAAACUUCAGUGGUAUGGCGAAGUCAACCGUCGUGGCUUUAUUAAAAUCACCAAGAAACUUGACAAGAAAAUCCCUGUCGCCGCAGCGCAGAAGAGAUACCUCGCGGCAAAGGUUGAUCCUUCACCGUUCGCAACAAAUGCCCAACUUACGCAAGCAACCACCAAGAUUAAUGAGUGGCUCUCCGUCCUGGGUGACCGCAAACUUCCAGAUGAUGCCAGCUCUACCAAGUCUUUGACACUGUCGAGAGUUCGGUCUCGGCCAAACUUGAACCUGCCGCCCAGCCUGCUCAUGGCCGUUGACGAAGCACUCCGCAAAGAUGAUACCUCUGCCUUGUUGGAGCUCCUCGGAAGUCUAAAGGCCUUCUCUGAUGAACAAGGAGAGCUUGUCUAUCCAAUGGUUCAGAAAAAUCUUUUACAGCGCGCAAUUGCCUGUAGGGCUAAAUCCUCCAUCGAUACUUUACUGAAGGAGAUUGAUUCAUUGGAAGAAGACGACGAUAUCAACAAACGGAAUUGUAUUCAUCGACUUGUAAUCUCCAUUGGUAGAGCUCAGACUACCUCAGAUUCCGAGACAUCUGCAACCAUUACACUAGAAUACCCUGAGGAAACUACUUACAUCACACCUGCUGCCGCCCCAAGCUUACAGCCUCCGCGAAACGUCGUGAAGGAAGCCAAUCAGAAACAACUAUUGACUAGAGAUGACGAGUCGGUUGCUAUUCUGCAAUACCUAUUAGAUUCGCUUCGACCCAAUCAGAAACGCGACCUUUUAGCCAAAGAUAUAUCCGGCAGAACUCCUCUGCACUAUGGCGCUCAGUACGGGUUCAGAGUCGUCUGUGAAAUCAUCAUCGAGCACCUAAAGCAAUGGGAUCUAUUCGAUGUAUCACAAGGUAUAGACGGGCCAAAUUGGCAAGAUCAUGAGGGCUGGGCUCCUCUGCAUCUCAGUGUCGUAGGUGGACAUCCAUUGACCACCCGGGCUCUUCUGGAAGCUGAAGAGGGAGCCUCAGACGGGGCCAAGACCACAGUUAGAAAACAAAUUUCAAAGUCCAGUGCUGCUCUGGCUAUGGCGGUCAAAGCAAACUUUGUUGACAUUGUCCAGUUGCUCGUCGAGGCUGGUGUCGAUAUCAACUACCAAGACGAGCAGGGCGAAACAGCUCUACACGUCGCCGCUCGAUUCAAUCAUAGCCAGUGUGCAAAAAUUCUCUUAGAGGGAACUGCAGAUCAGAAAGCCAAUACUGAAUUAGCAGAAACCACUUAUUCAUGGACACCCCUCUUCAUCGCUUGUGUGGAUGGUUCUUUGGCUGUUACCGACUUGCUCAUCAAGGCAGGCGCCGAUUUGGAGAGGCCCGACUCAUCCGGCUGGACUGCCAAAGAGCAUGCAGCUCUUCGAGGUCAUAUACAAAUUGCUAAGCGUCUAGCAGAAGUCACACCCGCUCCAGAUCUCUCGGAAAAUGACAUUUCCGUGACCAUCCCAGCCCCUACUUCUUCGCCUCCUCUAGGAUCACUGACCGAGCGCAAAUCCAAUAACAGCAACAUCUCCAGUGGGACGCCUACUUAUGGAUCGCGCGCUCUUGAUCCUUUGAAGACUUUUGGACAUCGGUAUCUUACCGACGAGAGCAUGAUCCUGGUCAGUCUGGGCACAAUGGAUAUACGAAAGACUACUCCCCCUGUGAGCCUAGACCGUAUACCCAUCACCAGCGCCCACUCUACACAGCUCGAUACUGCACUCUCAGUGGUUAUUUCUGCAAGCGGUGCUCACGGGGAGCCAGAAAUAAUCGAUCUUCCGGUCCAAGAUAACAUUGCUACGGAACCAAUUACUUUCUAUUCGAAGGAAAUCAGCAACGUGAGGAUCCUGUUCGAUCUUGUUCCUACUUAUGCAGGGACUACGAAUCAAAUUGUGGGACGAGGAGUAGCAUUGCUUUCUACCAUCAGACCAUCUAUUGGUUCCAACCGCAUUAGCUUGCAAGGCGACAUAACGGUACCAGUCGUAGCUGCCAACACUCUUGAAGUGAUUGGGACUUUGACUUUCAAUUUUCUUGUCAUCACUCCCUUUAAACACCCGAAAAUGUCCCUCAAACACGACCAAACUUACUGGAAGACCGUCACAGCGCCUAUGGUAAUUGGACAUCGAGGUCUCGGUAAGAACUUUGCAAGUCGCAAGUCUCUUCAAUUGGGAGAGAACACUGUUCAGUCAUUCAUCGCUGCGGCGAAUUUGGGCGCUUCAUAUGUCGAGUUUGAUGUACAACUCACCAAAGACCACGUUCCUGUUAUCUAUCACGACUUCCUUGUUAGCGAGACGGGAAUUGAUGCUCCAGUUCACACUUUGACUCUAGAACAAUUCCUCCAUCUUAGCAAUACUCAUUCACCAGCGCUUGAUCCCACUGAUAGCCCAUCACAACGUCCGCGUGCGAUGUCUGUUGGCGAAUCUCUUUUUGAUCCGUCAGGGAUCAGCGAGAAGAUGAAACAUACGCGUGACUUCAAAAACAAAGGUUUCAAGGGUAAUACUCGUGGUAGCCAUAUCCAAGCACCGUUCGCUACUUUGGAGGAGCUUUUCAAAAAGCUUCCAAAGUCUGUUGGAUUUAAUAUCGAAAUGAAGUAUCCUUCACUGUACGAAAGUGAGGAAGAAGAGAUGGACACUUACGCGGUCGAAGUCAACUCCUUUGUAGACACCGUUCUUAACAAAGUUUACGAGCUCGGCGAAGGACGCAAUAUGAUAUUUUCCAGUUUCAACCCCGACAUCUGUCUCCUUCUUUCCUUCAAGCAGCCUUCGAUCCCCGUCCUCUUCUUGACUGAUGCCGGCAGCAGUCCUGUUGGUGACAUUCGUGCUAGUAGUCUCCAGGAAGCUAUUCGAUUCGCAUCUCGCUGGAACCUGCUAGGAGUCGUCUCCACUGCAGAGCCAUUUGUGCUUUGUCCACGACUUGUGCGUGUCGUGAAGGAGUCCGGACUAGUGUGUGUUUCGUACGGAACGCAAAACAAUAACCCGGACAAUGCCAAGCUUCAAGUAACGAAUGGCAUUGAUGCCGUCAUUGUCGACUCGGUCCUCGCCAUCAGAAAGGGAUUGACAGAGGCCCCGCCCUCCAGUUUCGACUCUCCCAUAACCAUGGCACAGGCAUCUUCGAGCCAGACAUUGAUUCAACCACCCGCUGAUAUUAGCACGCUCGACAAAGCGAAUCCAUAG